AUGAGUGCUAAUCAACGACAAAGAUUUAUUCAUAAUUUUCUUGAUCGUGUAAUUGAUCAGCCACGUCAAAUUCGUGACCGUCUACGAAGUAUACGUAAAUCAAAACAAUGUAUUUCAAACACCCUACGUGAUACGCGUUGUCGUAAAUGUACCGCACAUACAGAGAAAUGUUGGAUUCACUUGGCAAAAUACAAUACUUUACGUAUCAAACCCUCUAAUGUUAUCGGUGGUGGUAAGGGUUUAUUCAGUUGGAAAAAAAACAAUACCUCGCGGUAAAAUCAUUUCAAAAUUCACAGGACGCAAAAGAACAAAAGCAGAAAUUGAUCGGCGCUACGGAAACAAAUUGGCAAAAUAUGCUCUGUGCAAUCGACAGGGUAUAUGUGUAGAUUCAAAUCAUACAACUGAUGCAGCCGCAAGAUUUGCAAACGACAGUCAUGGUACACCUUUUAGUAAUAAUUCGAAAAUAAGGGGUAAUACUGUAUUUCGUUUAAAAGCAACUAAAACGAUUCCUGCAAAUCGUGAAAUUUUUACAUCGUACGGUCGUGAAUAUUGGAACAGGUAA